AGGAUCAGAUAUUUUAAUGCAUCAGCUUUCUCGCCUAACCUAAACUAGUCUAACGUAAACAAAUUCAGUUCACCUGAUUUAAGUUGAUAAUCUUUGAUACUUGAGUGUUGAUUCAGUUAGCUCUGAUUUAAAGGGAGAAGAAAUUCAUUGACGGAUUCUUAUAUUCGCUCACUCUUUGACUAUCUGAUAUUUUAUUGAUAUAUCGCUUGUACGCAUAGGCCUUACCGAUUGGAUUUGUUGUCAAUUGAACUUUGAUUUAAAUGUCGAGUUUUUGGGAACCUGCUGAUGAUUUUAAGGGUGAAUUGAAGUUUGACAAUGACUUCGAGCCCAGUGAACAAUUCGAGCCAAUGGCUGACAGGGUUGAAUACUUGAACAAAUUGGAAUCAAAAUUAAAGAAAAUAAAAGGUACUGGUCGUGAACCUUCCACCAAGGAUAUCUUAAACUGUUUAAAUUCAGCCAAAGAAGAUUUUGUAUCCAAAUUUCAUUCACAAGAGUCCAAUAACUCUGACAGUCAGAUAUUGGAAGAACAGGAAUCUCUAGGUUUUAAUACUGGUAAAUUGCUGACUGAUUUGGAAAGAGUUGUUUUUCCUAAUCGCUCAACAAAUAACCCUGAAGAGCUAGAAAAGCUACUCAAAUGUGACAUCUUAGCAAUACUGGCUGAAAGAGCAGCUAAAUCAGAUAAAACCGAUGAUGGAAAGCCUCAAGAUGAGUGACAACAUAUUGACGCUUAAUAAAUGCAAGAUCCAUGUUCAAAUCAUCAAAAAAUUUUCUCGGUCACCAAUUACCCAUGUAAAUAAAAGCGCAACUCAAUAGUUUGUUAAUAGAAAAACCUUUUUUCAUAUUUUCGCAAAUUUGUUUUGUGAUUUUUUUCUCGCAAAAAUGUGAAUAAAAAACUAGAAAUCAUAGCUAGUCAA